AUGUCCAGCUCAGCCAACGUAUGCAAGAAUAACGAGGAGGAAGUAAGCGGGCAGCGCUCAAAGCCCCCGUCCCGCUCAGGGGAGAACCGGCCAAGUCUGCCUCAGGAAACAUCCUCCGGCAGCCCGGGAAGAGUAUCAGACCUUGAAGGUGCUGAUGGGUUGCAGCUCAAAAAGGAACAUGCCCUCAAGAUAUUUGCUUACAUCAAUUCCUGGACACAAAGACAGUGUCUGUGCUGUUUCAAGGAGUAUAAACAUUUGGAGAUCUUUAACCAAGUAGUAUGUGCGCUUAUUAACUUAGUCAUUGCCCAAGUUCAAGUUCUGCGGGACCAGCUCUGUAAACAUUGCACUAUUAAUAUAGAUUCAACAUGGCAAGAUCAGAGUAAUCAUGCUGAUGAGCCCCUGAAUGUAGAAAAAGAGUCUCGUGAAGAAGAAAAUGGAGAACGGCAAAAAUCUAUACAGAAAAAAUUAGAUUCUGCAAGAACUUCUAUCCUGACCGAGGAGGAAUCUGCAAAGAACACUGAUGCUUUUAGCUUAUGGAGCACUGAUGAGAAGGAAAAGUUGUUGCUGUGUGUGGCAAAAAUCUUUCAGAUUCAGUUUCCUCUGUACACUGCUUAUAAACAUAAUACUCAUCCCACAAUAGAGGAUAUUUCUGCUCAAGAAAGCAAUAUAUUAGGGGCGUUCUGUGAUAUGAAUGAUGUAGAAGUACCAUUGCACUUGCUUCGUUAUGUUUGUCUGUUUUGUGGAAAAAAUGGCCUUUCCCUCAUGAAGGAUUGUUUUGAAUACGGAACCCCUGAGACACUGCCAUUUCUUAUAGCACAUGCAUUUAUCACAGUGGUAUCUAAUAUCAGAAUAUGGCUACACAUCCCUGCUGUCAUGCAGCACAUUAUACCCUUUAGGACUUACGUUAUCAGGUAUUUAUGUAAACUGUCAGACCAGGAGUUGCGACAGAGUGCAGCACGGAACAUGGCAGAUUUAAUGUGGAGCACAGUUAAAGAACCAUUGGAUACAGCUUUGUGUUUUGAUAAAGAAAGUCUUGAUCUUGCGUUUAAAUACUUUAUGUCUCCGACUCUAACAAUGAGAUUGGCUGGGCUGAGUCAAAUAACAAACCAACUUCAUACCUUCAAUGAUGUGUGUAAUAAUGAGUCAUUAGUUUCAGACACAGAAACGUCAAUUGCGAAAGAGCUUGCAGACUGGCUUAUCAGCAACAAUGUAGUUGAGCACAUUUUUGGACCAAAUUUGCAUAUUGAGAUCAUCAAACAGUGCCAAGUGAUUCUGAAUUUUCUUGCAGCUGAAGGGAGACUCAGUACUCAACAUACAGACUGUAUUUGGGCUGCAGCACAGCUAAAGCAUUGCAGUCGUUACAUACAUGACUUGUUUCCUUCUUUGAUCAAAAACUUGGACCCUGUCCCACUUAGACAUCUUCUUAACCUAGUCUCAACUCUUCAUCCAAGUGCUCACACUGAACAGACCUUGUAUUUGGCAUCAAUGCUUAUAAAAGCACUGUGGAAUAAUGCUCUAGCAGCUAAGGCUCAGCUGUCAAAACAAAGCUCUUUUGCAUCUUUACUGAGUACCAAUCUACCCAUGGGAAACAAAAAAGAAGACGAGGAGCUCAGAAGAGCAGCCCCUUCACCUUGGUCACCAGGAGCAAGCCCUCAAAGUAGUGACAACAGUGACACCCAUCACAGUGGAGGCAGUGAUAUUGAAAUGGAGGAACAGCUUAUGAACAGAACAAAACAUGUACAGCAGCGACUUUCAGAUACGGAGGAAUCCAUGCAAGGAAGCUCUGAUGAGACAGCCAACAGUGGUGAGGAUGGCAGUAGUGGUCCUGGUAGUAGCAGUGGCCAUAGUGAUGGAUCCAGUAACGAGGCCAACUCCAGUCAUGCAAGCCAGUCUGCUGGAAGCCCUGGCAGUGAGGUGCAGUCUGAAGACAUUGCAGAUAUUGAAGCUCUCAAAGAGGAGGAGGAUGAAGAGGAAGAAGAUAGGAGUCAUAAUCCUCAGAAAAGCAGUAGGAGCACAGAUCUACGAAGCAGGAAGCUGGAAUCACAAACAGGCAUUUGUCUGGGGGAUUCACAAGGGGCAUCAGAGAGGAGUGGUGCAAAUAACGGGGCCGGAAAGGACCAUGUUUUUAACACUGACUCUGUGACACCGGUGGAUAAUCGAAUUAGAAUGCUAGAUGCUUGUUCUCAUGCUGAGGAUGCAGAGCAUGAUAUGACGGGGGAAAUGAGCACUGCUCACAUUUCACAAGGGUCUCAAGAUCCUUGUAUAACUCACACAGGGGACUUCCUUCGGGAAACUAUUGGAAAUGAACUGUUUAACUGUCGACAGUUCAUUGGGCCACAGCAUCAUCACCACCACCACCACCAUCACCAUGAUGGGCAUAUGGUUGAUGAUAUGCUAAGUGCAGAUGAUGUCAGUUGCAGUAGUUCCCAAGUCAGUGCAAAAUCAGAGAAAAAUAUGGCUGAUUUUGAUGGGGAAGAGUCUGGCUGUGAAGAAGAGCUUGUACAGAUUAAUUCACAUGCUGAGCUAACCUCUCAUCUUCAGCAGCACCUUCCUAACCUUGCCUCUAUCUAUCAUGAACAUCUUAGUCAAGGACCAGCAGUUCAUAAACACCAAUAUAAUAGCAGUGCAGUGACGGACAUUAAUUUGGAUAAUGUUUGUAAGAAGGGAAAUACUCUUUUGUGGGAUCUGGUCCAGGAUGAAGAUGCAAUUCAUCUCUCUGAAGGGUUAAUAAAUGAAGCAGAGAAGCUGCUCUGUUCUUUAGUAUGCUGGUUCACUGACAGACAGAUUCGAAUGAGAUUUAUUGAAGGCUGCUUAGAAAAUUUAGCAAACAACAGAUCAGUAGUAGUUUCACUUCGUCUUCUUCCAAAGCUGUUUGGUACGUUUCAACAGUUUGGGAGCAGUUAUGAUACACAUUGGAUAACAAUGUGGGCAGAAAAGGAACUUAAUAUGAUGAAACUUUUCUUUGAUAAUUUGGUACACUACAUUCAGGCGGUCAGGGAAGGACAACAUAAACAUGCAUUAUACAGCCACAGUGCAGAAGUUCAGGUUCGUCUUCAAUUCCUGACAUGUGUGUUUUCCACUCUAGGAUCACCAGAUCAUUUCAGGUUGAGUUUAGAACAAGUGGACAUAUUGUGGCACUGCUUAGUAGAAGAUUCUGAAUGUUACGACGAUGCACUACACUGGUUUUUAAAUCAAGUACGAAGUAAAGAUCAGCAUGCUAUGGGUAUGGAGACUUACAAGCAUCUUUUUUUGGAAAAGAUGCCACAACUGAAACCUGAAACUAUUACUAUGACUGGCCUAAACCUCUUCCAGCAUUUGUGUAAUUUGGCUCGAUUGGCUACUAGUGCAUAUGAUGGUGGCUCAAACUCAGAGUUGUGUGGCAUGGACCAAUUCUGGGGUAUUGCUUUAAGAGCGCAGUCUGGUGACGUCAGUCGAGCGGCUAUCCAGUAUAUCAACUCUUAUUAUAUCAAUGGUAAAACUGGUCUUGAGAAAGAACAGGAAUUUAUUAGCAAGUGUAUGGAGAGUCUGAUGAUAGCUUCUAGUAACCUUGAGCAAGACUCUCAUUCAAGUCUGAUCAUUAUUGAAAGAGGACUCUUAAUGCUGAAGACACACUUGGAGGCUUUUAGGAGAAGGUUUGCAUAUCAUCUGAGACAGUGGCAGAUUGAAGGCACUGGUAUCAGCAGUCACUUGAAAGCCCUGAGUGACAAACAGUCACUACCACUAAGAAUUGUAUGUCAGCCAGCUGGACUUCCUGACAAGAUGACUAUAGAAAUGUACCCGAGUGAUCAGGUGGCCGAUCUACGGGCAGAAGUCACCCAUUGGUAUGAAAAUUUGCAGAAGGAGCAGAUAAAUCAACAAGCACAGCUUCAGGAGUUUGGCCAAAGCAGCCGCAAAGGGGAUUUCCCUGGUGGCCUCAUGGGACCUGUCAGAAUGAUAUCAUCUGGGCAUGAACUGACAACUGAUUAUGAUGAAAAGACACUUCAUGAACUGGGUUUCAAGGAUAUGCAGAUGGUGUUUGUAUCCCUGGGUGCACCAAGGAGAGAACGUAAAGGUGAAGGUGUGCAGCUUCCAGCAUCUUGCCUACCUCCUCCUCAGAAGGACAAAAUACCAAUGCUUUUACUCCUUCAAGAACCUCAUCUUACCACUCUUUUUGAUCUGUUAGAGAUGCUUGCCUCUUUUAAGCCUCCUUCUGGAGAAGUGGCUAUGGAAGAUAGUGAGAGUUCAAGGUGUGAAGAACUCCAUCUCCAUGCAGAAAACUUGUCCAGGCGUGUCUGGGAACUGUUAAUGCUUCUGCCAACAUGCCCCAAUAUGUUGCAGGCAUUCCAGAAUAUUUCAGAUGAGCAGGGUAAUGAUGGCUUUAGCUGGAAGGAUCUGCUGCGAAUAAAAAGUGCCCAUAAACUUUUGUACGCCCUGGAAAUUAUUGAAGCUUUGGGAAAGCCCAACAGGAGAAUAAGACGUGAAUCUACGGGAAGUUAUAGCGAUCUUUACCCAGACUCAGAUGAUUCGAGUGAAGAUCAAAUAGAAAAUAGUAAAAACACAUGGAGCUGCAAGUUUGUUGCUGCUGGAGGACUCCAACAGUUACUAGAAAUUUUCAGUUCUGGAAUCUUAGAGCCUAAAGAACAGGAAUCAUGGACUGUGUGGCAGCUAGACUGUCUUGCUUGCUUGUUGAAGCUGAUAUGCCAGUUUGCAGUUGAUCCUUCAGAUUUGGAUUUAGCUUACCAUGAUGUCUUUGCCUGGUCUGGUGUAGCAGAGAGUCACAGAAAAAGAACAUGGCCAGGCAAAUCAAGGAAGACUGCAAGUGACCAUGUGAAGGGCCUUCAUAUACCUCGUUUAACAGAGGUGUUUCUUGUACUUGUCCAGGGAACCAGUUUGAUUCAGCGACUUAUGUCAGUUGCUUAUACAUAUGACAACUUGGCACCUAGGGUGUUGAAAGCUCAGUCUGAUCACAGAUCAAGACAUGAAGUCACUCAUUAUUCAAUGUGGCUCUUGGUGAGUUGGGCUCACUGCUGUUCCUUGGUGAAAUCCUGUCUGGCAGACAGUGAUCAUUUGCAAGACUGGCUAAAGAAACUUACCCUUCUUAUUCCAGAGACUGCUGUUCGCCAUGAAUCUUGCAAUGGUUUAUACAAGUUAUCUCUCUCUGGUCUGGAUGGAGGAGACUCAAUUAAUCGAUCCUUUCUGCUGCUGGCUGCAUCAACAUUGUUAAAAUUUCUUCCUGAUGCUCAAGCUCUGAAACCAAUCCGGAUAGAGGAUUAUGAAGAAGAAACAGUGCUGCAACCAGGUUGUAAGGAAUAUUUUUGGUUGCUGUGCAAACUGAUUGAUAACAUACAUGUCAAAGAUGCAUGUCAGACAACACUGCUUGAUUUAGAUGCACUAGCAAGACAUCUUGCUGAUUGCAUUCGGAGCAGAGAAAUCCUUGACCAUCAAGAUGGUAAUAUAGAAGAUGAUGGACUUACAGGACUACUUCGUCUUGCAACAAGUGUUAUUAAGCACAAACCACCCUUUAAAUUUUCUCGUGAAGGCCAGGAGUUUCUGAGAGACAUCUUCAAUCUUCUGUUCUUGCUGCCAAGUUUGAAAGACAGACAACAGCCGAAGUGCAAGUCGCAUUCUUCAAGGGCUGCUGCCUAUGACUUGUUAGUAGAAAUGGUAAAGGGGUCUGUGGAAAACUACAGGCUGCUCCACAACUGGGUUAUGGCACAACAUAUGCAGUCUUCCCAUGCGCCUUACAAGUGGGAUUAUUGGCCACAUGAUGAUGUUCGUGCUGAAUGUAGAUUUGUGGGUCUAACUAAUCUUGGAGCAACAUGUUAUUUGGCAUCCACUAUUCAGCAACUGUACAUGAUACCAGAAGCUAGACAAGCAAUCUUUACUGCAAAGUAUUCAGAAGAUAUGAAACACAAGACUACUCUACUAGAACUCCAGAAAAUGUUUACAUACUUAAUGGAAAGUGAAUGUAAGGCAUACAAUCCAAGGCCUUUCUGUAAAACCUAUACCAUGGAUAAGCAGCCACUGAACACUGGAGAGCAGAAAGACAUGACUGAAUUCUUCACUGACUUAAUAACAAAAAUAGAAGAAAUGUCUCCAGAACUGAAAAAUACAGUGAAAAGUUUGUUUGGAGGUGUUAUCACAAACAAUGUUGUUUCUUUGGACUGUGAGCAUGUAAGUCAGACUGCUGAAGAGUUCUAUACAGUAAGAUGCCAGGUGGCAGAUAUGAAGAAUAUUUAUGAAUCUCUUGAUGAAGUAACUAUUAAAGAUACCUUGGAAGGUGACAACAUGUAUACAUGUUCUCAUUGUGGGAAGAAAGUGCGGGCUGAAAAAAGGGCGUGUUUUAAGAAACUACCUCAUAUCCUAAGCUUCAACACAAUGAGAUACACAUUUAAUAUGGUAACCAUGAUGAAGGAGAAAGUCAAUACGCAUUUUUCAUUCCCUUUACGUUUGGAUAUGACGCCUUACACUGAAGAUUUCCUCAUGGGAAAAAAUGACAGAAAAGAAGGUUUUAAGGAAGGUGGUGAAUAUUUGAAAGAAACUGAAAGUUACGAAUACGAUCUGAUAGGUGUAACGGUGCAUACAGGAACAGCAGAUGGUGGACAUUACUACAGUUUUAUCAGGGAUAUAGUGAAUCCCCAUGCUUACAAAAGCAACAAGUGGUAUCUGUUCAAUGAUGCUGAAGUAAAACCAUUUGAUUCUGCCCAGCUUGCUUCAGAAUGUUUUGGUGGAGAAAUGACUACAAAAACUUAUGAUUCUGUUACUGAUAAAUUUAUGGACUUCUCCUUUGAAAAGACGCACAGUGCUUACAUGCUAUUUUAUAAACGGAUGGAACCGGAGGAGGAAAAUGGCAAAGACUACAAGUUUGAUGUUUCAUCAGAAUUGCUGGAGUGGAUAUGGCAUGAUAACAUGCAGUUUCUUCAAGACAAGAACAUUUUUGAACAUACAUAUUUUGGGUUUAUGUGGCAGUUGUGUAGUAGCAUCCCAAGCACACUACCAGAUCCAAAAGCGGUUUCCCUGAUGACAGCGAAGUUAAGUACUUCCUUUGUACUGGAGACGUUUAUUCAUUCAAAGGAAAAGCCUACAAUGCUUCAGUGGAUUGAAUUGUUAACAAAACAAUUCAAUAACAGUCAGGCAGCUUGUGAAUGGUUUUUGGAUCGUAUGGCUGACGAUGAUUGGUGGCCAAUGCAGAUUCUAAUAAAGUGUCCCAAUCAGAUUGUGAGACAGAUGUUCCAGCGUUUGUGUAUUCAUGUGAUACAGAGACUGAGGCCAGUGCAUGCACAUCUUUAUCUCCAGCCAGGAAUGGAAGACUGUUCGGAUGACAUGGAUGGUCCUGUUGAAGACAUUGGUAGUCGCUCUUGUGUAACACGCUUUGUGAAGACACUCUUGUCAAUUAUGGAGCAUGGUGUUAAGCCUCACAGUAAACAUCUCACAGAAUACUUUGCCUUUCUUUAUGAAUUUGCCAAAAUGGGAGAAGAGGAAAGCCAGUUCUUGCUUUCACUGCAAGCCAUAUCUACAAUGGUCCAUUUCUACAUGGGAACUAAAGGACCUGAAAAUCCACAGGUUGAAGUACUUUCUGAGGAAGAAGGGGAGGAAGAGGAGGAAGAGGAAGAUAUACUUUCUUUAGCAGAAGAAAAAUAUAGACCCGCUGCACUUGAAAAGAUGAUUGCCCUCAUUGCUCUUCUAGUUGAACAGUCUCGCUCAGAAAGGCAUUUGACUUUGUCACAAAACGACAUGGCAGCAUUAACAGGAGGAAAGGGUUUUCCUUUUUUGUUUCAACAUAUCCGUGAUGGUAUCAACAUCAGGCAAACUUGCAAUCUCAUUUUCAGUUUGUGUCGGUACAAUAAUCGACUCGCAGAACAUAUUGUGUCCAUGCUUUUCACAUCUAUAGCAAAGUUGACUCCUGAGGCAGCCAAUCCUUUUUUCAAAUUGCUGACCAUGCUAAUGGAAUUUGCUGGUGGACCUCCAGGUGGGAGAGCAAUGGAACAGGAAUUAAAGCUUUCAUUUCAACUAACUGUUUUUGACUUCCUGGUCAUUGAAUACAACCCAUCUCAGUGCCUGGAUUGGCUGGCUGUCCAAACACCUCGAAACAAACUAGCUCACAGCUGGGUGCUGCAAAAUAUGGAAAACUGGGUUGAACGUUUUCUUCUGGCACACAACUACCCUAGAGUGAGAACUUCCGCAGCCUAUCUCUUGGUGUCGCUUAUUCCAAGCAAUUCCUUCCCUCCUACAGUAGUUCUCCAUCAAGUCUACAAUGUGCUUCUUGGCCUUCUUUCAAGAGCUAAGCUAUAUGUUGAUGCCGCUGUCCAUGGCACUACAAAACUUGUCCCCUACUUCAGUUUCAUGACAUACUGUUUGAUCUCAAAAACUGAGAAACUCAUGUUUUCUUCUUACUUCAUGGACUUAUGGAACCUUUUCCAGCCUAAACUUUCUGAGCCAGCUAUAGCAACCAACCACAACAAACAGGCUUUGCUGUCUUUUUGGUAUAAUGUGUGUGUUGACUGUCCAGAGAACGUACGCCUUAUUGUACAGAAUCCUGUGGUGACGAAGAACAUUGCCUUCAAUUACAUCCUCGCAGACCAUGAUGAUCAGGAUGUGGUGCUCUUUAACCGCGGGAUGCUGCCUGCCUACUAUGGCAUCCUGCGCCUCUGCUGUGAGCAGUCCCCUGCAUUCACCAGGCAGUUGGCUUCUCACCAGAAUAUCCAGUGGGCCUUUAAGAAUCUCACACCACAUGCCAGUCAGUACCCAGGAGCAGUAGAAGAGCUGUUUAAUCUCAUGCAACUGUUUGUAGCUCAGAGACCAGACAUGAGAGAGGAAGAGAUAGAAGACAUAAAGCAAUUUAAGAAAACAACCAUAAGCUGUUACCUGCGCUGCUUGGAUGGACGGUCUUGUUGGACUACUUUAAUAAGUGCCUUCAGAAUAUUAUUAGAAUCUGAUGAAGACAGACUUCUUGUUGUGUUUAACAGAGGAUUGAUUCUGAUGACUGAGUCCUUUAACACAUUGCAUAUGAUGUACCACGAGGCCACGGCUUGCCAUGUGACUGGAGACCUGGUAGAACUUCUGUCUAUUUUCCUUUCGGUUCUUAAGUCAACACGUCCAUAUCUUCAAAGAAAAGAUGUGAAGCAAGCUCUCAUUCAGUGGCAGGAGCGAAUUGAAUUUGCCCAUAAGCUCUUAACUCUGCUAAAUUCCUAUAGUCCUCCAGAACUUAGAAACACUUGUAUUGAUGUCCUCAAGGAGCUUGUACUUUUAAGUCCUCAUGAUUUCCUACAUACUCUGGUUCCAUUUCUACAGCACAAUCAUUGUACAUACCACCACAGUAAUAUCCCAAUGUCUCUUGGGCCUUAUUUUCCAUGUCGUGAAAAUUUGAAAUUAAUAGGGGGAAAAAGCAAUAUUCGUCCUCCACGUCCUGAACUUAAUAUGUGCCUCUUGCCUACAAUGGUGGAAGCCAGCAAGGGCAAAGAUGAUGUUUACGAUCGUAUGCUGCUAGACUACUUCUUUUCAUAUCAUCAGUUCAUCCACCUGCUAUGUCGAGUUGCAAUCAACUGUGAAAAGUUUACUGAAACUUUAGUUAAAAUGAGUGUCCUAGUUGCAUAUGAAGGUUUACCACUUCAUCUUGCGUUAUUCCCCAAACUUUGGACUGAGCUUUGUCAGACUCAGUCUGCAACAUCAAAGAACUGUGUAAAGCUUCUCUGCGAAGAUCCAGUUUUUGCAGAAUAUAUAAAAUGUAUUUUGAUGGAUGAAAGGACUUUUCUGAACAACAACAUUGUGUACAACUUUUUGACCCAUUUUCUUCUAAAGGUCCAAGGGCAGGUGUUUUCUGAAGCAAACUGUGCCAACUUAAUCAAUACUCUAAUUACAAAUCUAAUAAAUCAAUAUCAAAGCCUAGAAUCUGACUUCAGCAACCAGAGAGUUGAAAUUUCCAAAGCAAGCUCUACUUUAAAUGGGGACCUCCGAGCACUUGCCUUGCUGCUUUCAGUGCACACUCCCAAACAGCUCAAUUCAGCCCUGAUUCCAACUUUACAAGAGCUUUUAAACAAAUGUAGAGCUUGUCAACAACAGAGGAACUCAUUGCAAGAGCAAGAAGCCAAAGAAAGAAAAACUAAAGAUGACGAAGGAGCCACUCCUGUGAAGAGAAGACGGGUCAGCAGUGAUGAGGAGCACACUGUGGACAGCUGUAUCAGUGAUAUAAAAACUGAACCCCAGGAGGCGUUGACCCCAACAAGCACUUCAGAUAACGAGACACGGGACUCUUCGAUCAUUGAUCCAGGCACUGAGCAAGAUCUUCCUUCCCCCGAGAACAGUUCUAUCAAAGAGUACAGAAUGGAAGUUCCUUCUUCAUUUUCGGAAGACCUAAUGAUAGUGACACGGUCACAGCACAUGGAAGAGCAGUCAGGAAACAGUAAAUUUGAAGAAUGCAAAGAAUUCAAAGACCUUCAGACUUCCAAGGAUUCCACUGGAGCUGAGGAGGACUCAGAGUUUCCUUCCACGUCAGUUUCAGCAGUUUUAUCUGACCUCACAGAUUUGAGGAGCUGUGAUGGUCAAGCCUUACCAUCCCAAGAUCCUGAAACUAGUUUAUCAAUCAGUUGUGGCCAUUCCAGAGGACUUCUUAGUCAUAUGCAGCAGAAUGACGUUUUAGACAUCCUGUGUAGGACCAUUGAGUCUACGAUUCAUGUGGUCACAAGGAUAUCGGGAAAAGGAAACCAAGCUGCUUCUUGACAUUAGAUGGAGCAUGUUGCUUUUAAGCCUUUUUUAUUUUUCGUCCCCAAAAAUGCUGUUUGUAUAAGUUUUGCUAAUUUCUAUUUUGUGCUUCAGUUUGUCCAGUGCUUUCUGCUUGAAUGGCGAGAUAGAUUUAUAUGCUUAAUUCUUGGUCAGGCAGAACUCCAGGGGUGGUGGGUUCUUUUGUUUGUUUUGUUUUGUUUUUUGCAUCUACCAUACACUUUCCUAAAGGGCAAUCAGAUAAUGGAUACGUUUUAUGUAAUUAAGAGUUCACUGUAGUGGCUUUCAUUUAAUAUGGCUGUCUGGGAGAACAGGGCUUCCUUGCCCUGUAUGAUGUAAUUUAAACUUACGGCAUUUUUACUGUGUAUAAUAUGGUGUCCUCUGUGCCAGUUUUGUACCUUAUAAUAGAGGCAGAGUGCCUCAGAUCGCUGUGGUUCUUAUUAUCAAAAUUAAGUUUACUUGUAUACUAAACAACCACAAGAAAUUUGAUUCUGUAAAGAAUCCUCUUUAGCUGUGGCCUGGCAGUAUAUAUAUGGUGCUUUAUUUAACAGAAUACCUGUGGAGGAAAUAAAGCACACUUGAUGUAAAAUUAGUUGUUUUAUUUUUAUUGACGAUUGCUAUUCUGUGCACUUCAUUAAACUGACUGCGAUGACUUUUCA